GGGGUGGGAAUUGUAAUAAUACGGGUGAGAAAAAACAUCCAAGAUGGUCGCCUCGUAGAAAACGUGUGCUGCUGGAAUCAUGUCUGAAAACGGCACAUAACUAUAUAAAUAAUAAUAAAAACGAAAGCUAGAGACCGUUCCGACAGCUGUCUGAUCAGCUAGGUGAUAAUUUAAACGCGUAGACUUUGUCUUCGACAGAACAAACUGAUUAAACGUUUAACGAGAUUAUCAUUAGUAAAGAGAGAGAAUGGAAGCGUUGACUUUAUUUGUGCGGAAUUUACCUGCAUCAGCGUCCAGUGAGCAUCUGGAGGAGAUCUUCUCUGAAGUAGGACCGAUAAAGCGCUGCUUUGUGGUCAAAGAUAAAGGGUCAGAGAAAUGCCGUGGUAUAGGCUACGUUACUUACUCCAUGGUGGAAGACGCCGAGCGAGCUCUCAGAGAAAUAAAAGACUAUGAUGGGAAAAAAAUAUUUGUGGUUCACGCGAAGAAAAAACUUUAUGAAAAAAAGCAAAAAAAGAACAACAAAGCUGAGCAGAAAACUGAGGAGAGUCCCGAGGAACCACCAGAGGUAAAAAGCCAGCCGAAGUCCCAAGGUCUGAGAAAGAACAAGAUGAAGGCCAGGCUUAUCGUACGGAAUCUCAGUUUUAAAUGCUCUGAGGCUGAGCUUAAGGAAGUUUUUUCAAAGCAUGGGACAGUGCUGGAAGUUAAGAUCCCUGUAAAACCAGACGGAAAGAAACGAGGAUUUGCCUUCGUCCAGUUUAGGAACAUGCUGGAAGCAGGAAAAGCCCUGGCAGCAACUAACCUAAAAAAAAUCAAAGACAGACUCGUUGCUGUAGACUGGGCCGUGUCUAAGGACAAGUUCGUGGCUAAUCAGCAGGGUUCAGCAUCGGGAGGUAAAAAAGAGGAAAGUGCGAAAGUGGCAGAGGCUGAGGAAGAGGACGAUGAAGAGGACGACGUGCCUGCGGAAAAACAGUCUAAGGUCAAAACCGAAAAUGAGUCUGAGGCAGGCUCGCCAUCUGAUAAUGACGACGACGACGACGACGAUGAUGAUCAAAGCAAAGACAGUGAUGAUGAAGAGGACGAAAAGCAUGAUGACUCUAUGGAAUCAGACAGCGAUGCAACAGAUGACGAGGAUGAUGAUGAUGAUGAUGAAGAUGACGAGGAGGAUGAUGAUGAUGAUGAUGAUGAUGAUGAGGAGGAGGAAAAAGCCAAGAAGAAGAAGAAACCCAAGAAUCUUCUCCCUUCAGAUGUGAAUGAAGGAAGGACAAUAUUUAUCAGAAACCUGUCCUUUGACUCUGAGGAGGAAGGCGUAGAAGAAAUUCUUCUGCAGUUUGGUGAACUCGAAUAUGUGCGAAUCGUCAUGCAUCCCGACACAGGACUCUCGAAAGGCUGUGCUUUUGCUCAGUUCAAAACAAAAGAAGGAGCAGACAAAUGUCUAGCAGCUGCACAGACAGAAUCUGAGGGUGGCGGUGUGAGGGUGGAUGGGAGGAAGCUGAUCAUGGUGCUGGCGGUGAGCAGAGAGGACGCUUCCAAACUGAAAAGCAAGACAGUGAAAACUCACAAAGGCUCCAGGAACCUGUACCUCGCCAGAGAGGGCUUGAUCCGUGCCGGAACCAAAGCAGCAGAAGGAGUUUCUGAAUCUGAUAUGGCCAAGAGGAUGAGGUUCGCAGAGCUGAAGAAGGCAAAGCUGAAGGACGUGAACGUGUUCGUGUCUCAGACCCGCCUGUGUGUUCACAACCUCCCCAAAAGUGUGGACCGCAAACGUCUCUUCAAAAUCUGCCUGUCUGCUGCAGGGGGAGGAAAGGGUGUCCGUAUCAAGGAGUGCCAUGUGAUGUACGACCGGAAGCCGGUGCGCGGCGAGCCAGUGGGUCAAUCGUUAGGCUACGGCUUUGUGGAAUUUCAGGAGCAUGAACACGCCCUCCAAGCCCUGCGUCACCUUAACAACAACCCCAAGAUCUUCACAGCCAACAAGAGGCCCAUUGUGGAGUUUUCGCUGGAGGAUGGGAGGAAGUUAAAAUUGAAGGCUAUGAGGGAGCAGAAGAGCAAAAUGACGUCUGCGGCAGUCUCCAGGCCUGAAAAGAAAAAAGGUAACAGAGUUGGAUCUCAGGAAGACAGGAGUAAGCAGCCUCCUCAGAGAUCUCCUAAAAGCGUCUCAGCUGUGGUUCAGAAGUCAGCAGGAGCUCAGAAAGGCAGCGAGAAGAAACCGGGAGCUCUGAGCACUCACUUCUCAGGUUUUAGGACCAACCCAGAAGUGGAGCACAUCGAGGCGGGCGACGGCAAAAAACGCCAGAAGAUUCUCCCCAUGCCUUCACACAUUGGACCAAAGAUCAGGAACCGGGAUAAAGGUAAAAAGACCGCCCAGGUACGGAAAGUGAAGACGGCCCCCAGCAGAAACGAGAGAAAGAAACUCCCUUCGAUGGAGAAAUCCGUUCAAAAUAAGACACAGAAUGCUAAACCGGUGAAGAGGAAGUUCCAGAACAGGGAAGAAGAUCGCUUCGAGCGUCUGGUCGAACAGUACAAGAAGAAACUCACAGGCGGGUCAAACUCUAAGGACUCGAUCGUCAAGAAGAGCAAGUGGUUCAGUUGAGAGUGGACGUACUGUAAAUAACGCUGUGCGAGUGAGGUCAUGCCAGGGAAAGGCUGAAUUUUUCUCAGUGUCUCUGGUGUGGUCCUUUUUACGUCAUGUUCCAAUAUUUUUCAUUUUAUCAUCUCUUUUUAGGUGUAACAGAAUAUACUCGUUUAUGGAAAAAUAAAUAUUUGAGUAACAA